AACAUAAGCACUUAACGAGUCUCAUUUUUCUGUCUGCAGGACAGUGUGGCAGCCCUGCCGGAUCCCAAUACGCCGCUGAUUUGUUUCUAGGUUAGCUUUCUGCAGGGAUAUUUCAAAUUACUAAAGAGAGUGAUAGGAGGCAUUGUUUAUUAUGCCUCUCCCGAAACCGCCCUCAACAUUGCUAAACUCCGCGUCAACGCCUGACGGCAAAAAAUUAAAAGUCUCUGCAUCCAAGGAAGAGACAGGACUUCCUGAACUAAGGGAGAAAAGAAAUAUGGUGGAUCCGUCAAAACUCCUUCCGACUUCCCUUCAGAAUGAGUUCAUCCCUGAGGAAGUUCUUUUUUCUCUGACCUAUGCAGCCAAUGCAGGUCCUUGUCCUGAAAACUUACUGCCUCCUAAGAAAAUUAAAACUCCAAAGCGUACUCUGCGCCCUGUUGACCACGUCUGGCAUCACCCUGUUCGAAGGAAUAAAUUCAAAUACCUGAUUGACCAUCCCGUUUCCCUUACGGGAGCUGGAAGGGAUAUUUCUUUUCUGUACGAUGUUAAAUAUGUUAAAGGAGAGACUAGGGAGUGGACAGUUUGUCCCCCACAUUUGGAUCGUUCAUUACAGUCACAUGAUGGUGUCAUUGUGCCUCAUAAGCCAAAGAAAGUAACAGAUACUUUGAUUCCUGAAGAAUUUCAUAUUGUGUCAAAUACAGGUGUUUCCGGUUUGGAGUGUUAUGAUGACAAAUAUACUACUCUCCUCACAGAUAGUGAAAACAGGCUAUUGCUCUUUCCAUCCAUGAAACCUAAUAAAAGAGUAGAAGUGGUCCAGCUGAAUGACGUGAUGGAUACUAUGCUAGAGAGAGCUGGUGUGGAAAAUCAGGAAUAUACAGGGCCAACCAAGAUGCACAAACUACUACAUAUAUUGAAGAAGGAACAAACCAUUUACAAUACAGUAUUUCAUGAACUUAUUCGACAAGUCAGUGUGGACUGUGCAGAUAGGGGAGAACUACUGUCUAAAAUCAGAGAGCGGUAUGUACAAAUGCUUGACCAAAUUGCCCGGCAGAUGAUUGACUUCUACAAAGACUUGGUAACUCAGCGAAUGAUGGACCAGCGCAUUUUAGAAGAAUUGUACAAUUUUAAGAAUGUUAUUGAGGAACUGACCAGGGAGCUGUGUCUGGUUCGGGCACAUGAUAUGAAAUUAACAAAGGAAGCAGAGAAGGCUCACAAGGAUUUGGCACAAGCUCUUUUAGAUGCUGAAAAGAAUGCCAAAAUUGUAGAAGAAUACCAUGACUUAUAUACGUUACAAAGAGGGAGGAUGGAGAGUGAUAUUAAACAGUUAAUGGCAGAAAGAGAUAUCUGGAGCUCAGCCACGUAUGAAUUGGCUCUAAAGGUAAUUGAAAGAAAUAGAGUCAUAUUGGCUAAAAGACUUUACCUCAAUGAAAAAGGCUGGAGUAAAUAUACUACACAUUUCAUCAUACUGCUGUCAACCAAGGACACUGCAGACCUUGCACUGUUGCAGAAGUUGACACAGAAAUGGAGAAACUUAGUGAAUAAAUUUAAGCAGGAAGUGGAACAAAAUGAAGAGUCUACAAGGGAGAAAUUGCAAAUUGUUAAGGAUGGCCUUAUCAAAUGGCAGCAAUACUUCAGAAAUAAUAGUGGAAAAGACAUUUUAUCCCCUAAUAAAGGAAAUAUAUUUGAAUCAGUUCUUCCAGACUUCAAGCAAUGGCAAAUGAUGCUGAAUGAAGAUAAAGACAAGUUUGCUGGGGAUCUUCUAGUGUCAAAAUAUGAUUCUCUCAAGAUUAUUAAACAUUUACAGGAAAACUGGACAGAUAUUGGGCUUGGGAUAUUUGGUCGCCAUAAAAGUAUGGAGGGGGAGAUGCCACCAGAGCGACAGCACAUGGAGGAAAUUGUGAAAAGCAUAGGAAGACUCUACAAAGAAUUUGAAAUAAGAAUAAAUGGGGAUAAUGGUAUCUCUAAAAUUCUUCCAAGCUUGAUUAGUUCUCUUGAAUUCUGUUCUUUCAAGUUGGAAAGCCUCCUGGAGUUUCCUGAAAUGUUUCUUGAAGAAUGGGAGGGACUUAAUGGAAAAAUUAAUGAAAUGAAAUCUCAGUUGGAUGCACUGUUAAACAUUAUUGGUACUGUUCCACAGUACCUAGACAUGGAUUCUGGCUCGGUCCUUCAAGCACGUAUAUAUAACAUGAUUCAACAAUGGCUUUUGAAGAUAGGCAAUGAGAUUAACAAUGGUAACAUUGAACUUCAGCGCCACAUGGAUGAAUUACAUAUAUCUAUGAUCCAGUGGAUGGUAAAUUUGCUGAUUUUAAUGGUACCUGACCUUACUGACCAAGACACCCUCCCAAAGUUGGAGGAGGAAAGUGCUGACAAACAUGAUAUAGGAGUUGCAAAGUUAGAGCUAGAGGCGACUGUACUGGCAAGGAAGUUGUCCCAAUACUCCAGCUAUUUGAACAGUUGUUGCAAAGGGAUGGUGACAGCCAUGGCUCUGAGUAUCACAGGUCAGUUACAAAAAAAUCCUAAGGAACUUCAUGAGCUGGAUAAGAUGAAGAGAGAAUGUUAUGAGUGGAUCACCACAUGCUCUCACCUUCUUUCUGGAAUCAAAGGCAGAGAAAUAAAUUUAUUGACACCUGAAGAAAAAGAGCAUCUACUUGGAGAAGAGGACUUUUUAAAAGAAUUCAUUGAGCCUGGAACAGACAAGCCUUUUAAAGAGGAUGAAGAAGAAAGUAAGGAGGAUAAGAAACUUGAGAAAGAAAAGGAAGAAAAGAAAGCAGAAGAAAAACCUUCAACAUCUACAGAGAAGGAAAAACUCAUUCGAUUCAUUGGAAAAGAUGAAAAUGUUCAUUCCAAACCUCUAUUUGGAACAGAGGUAUUGUCUUCCUGGAGAGAAUCAGCUAAUCAAGGUACAUUGGCCCAAAAGUAUCUUGAAGCCAUGGCUAUAAUUGAACGCACGCAGGAGAAGUUAAUAGAGGUAGAAAGCAGAGCCAGACAAGCAGAGGAGAUGUUUGAGAAUGUAAAUGAGACACUUCAUUAUACCCUUAUAAGAAAUAAAGAAUUGGAGAAAGAACUAGAAGAAAUAUUGAUAAAGUCUAGAGAGAAGGAGUCUGAAAGAGAAGAAGAAGAAAAUGAAAGAGAAAGAGAAGAAGAAAAAGAAGAAGAAGAAGAAGAAGAAGAAGGAGAAAUCAGGCCAGUAGAAAGUUCCUCAAAAUCUUUAAAGAAAGGGGUACAGAACAAAGAGGGUCCUCCCAACACUAAAUCCAGAACCCGGACUAAAUUCAGUCACAAGACCAAACCCAAGCAGCUUCCAUAG